GGCUGAUCCAUGGAUGUUUCGAAGGACUGACAUAUUUAAUUGCUAUGUAAGCUUGAUCAUUUGUUGGUUGUGAAGGUGUAAAACAAUGGAGGACGACUUCUGGGUCUACAGAAGGAAGUCCUCCAGUAUUACAAGCAGACCACAAUCUUCAACCGCACACCUCAUUUCUUUCCAAGUCCCCCAAAAAACACAUCACCGCCAAUCCCAUAACCGAGCUCGUCCAUUUUUUUUUCCGGCAAGGGAUUAAACAAAAGAGACCAACUAGAUAGGGACCGGGGUUUUUUUGGAACCAAGGUUCGAUGUCGAGUCCGCUCGCCGUCUUCGGCCAUGGCGUCUCGAACCUGCUCGGAUGGGUGUACACUCUCGCUUGGGGCAUCAGCUUUUAUCCGCAACUGCGCUUGAACUACAAGCGCAAGUCUGUACGAGGCUUAUCGCUCGAUUUCUUGGCGCUUAACGUGUUCGGUUUCUUGUGUUACUCAGCCUCGACAUUCGGACUCCUGUUGUCGUCUGUGGUCCGGAACGAAUACGCCGAUCGGCAUAACGGCGGGGUGCCUAACGUGCGCUUCAACGACCUCAUCUUCGCCCUCCAUGCACUCGUCAUCAGCUCGCUCACUUGGCUGCAGAGCUUCUAUUACAAAAGAGACAUCACUCAAAGGGUGUCUCCGAUCACUCGGACGACGCUGACACUACUGACGAUGACGAUCAUCUGUCUCCUGAUCUGGACCCUCGACUCGGAAUCGCUGGCCUCUCGACACCAUCACUUCUUCCAAUGGAUCGACCUCAUCACCGCUCUCUCGACCAUCAAGGUCUGGAUCUCCUUUGCCAAGUAUCUGCCCCAGGCUGUCCUUAAUUGGAGACGCAAAAGUACCGUCGGCUGGAGUAUCCAGAAUAUCAUUCUCGACUUCACUGGUGGCGUCUUGAGUCUCGCUCAAAUGAUUCUCGAUGCAGGUCUCGAUAAUGACUGGAGCAGCAUGAAAUCAAAUCCAGGAAAACUUGGGAUUGCGAUCUUAUCAAUUAGUUUUGAUGUAGUAUUCCUGAUCCAACAUUAUGUGUUAUAUCCUCAAAGUUUGCCUAGUUAUCUGAGGAGUGAGAGUGCCAGUUCAUCAGAGACUGACGGCUUGAUCGCUUGAAACAUCCCUUGGUAAAACAACAUCCUAUCUGCUGCAUACUUUUCGUUUGCUGGUUUUUUAUUGGCUUUUUUAAAAAAAAAAAAUUGUCCUGUAACAAAAAGAAAAUACUCGUCCAGCACUUAUGAAAAUGUAACAAUAAUUAAGAAAAGAAACCCAUGUCUUCCUGCUAGUUUCCAUUUGGCCUCUCCCUCUCUCCAUCAUUCCUGAAUUCUAAUGAAGAUAUGUAUGUAUGUAUGUUUUCUAUGGCUCGGAUUAGUCCCUUUGAUCUUUUUAGAGGAAUUGGAUGGAUGGUAUUUGUUUAUGUUGUAGCAGUUUUGAAGGAUCAAGGUCUUAGGGUUCAUGAAAUGAUUCAAGCAAUCUGUUUUAUGAGCAUCAACUUUUCACAGCAUGCUAGGGUUUGACAGAAUGUGUGCUUGUAGCUUGACUGGC